AUGUCAGAGACUGAUCGUCUCCUAAAAGAUAUUGCCGAAGAAGAGGUUGUCGAGUCGGAGCAAGAUAGCUUCCUGCCCCCGGUUGAUGGCGGGAAAGAUGCCUGGUUGUUUCUGGCUGGCUGCUUCACCAUCGAAAUGCUGCUUUGGGGAUUUCCCUUCUCAUAUGGGAUUCUUCAAGAGUAUUACACUGCCCAUGAACCUUUCUCCGCUUCUCCAUCAGCAAUCCCUAUCAUCGGUACAUCAGCAACCGGCAUAAUGUAUCUUGGCUCGCCUUUCACCUUUAUUGUACUCAUGAUGCAACCGCAAUGGAGCAGACCGUGUACGAUCCUAGGAUUCAUGAUCCUGAUUCUGGCUUUGCUUCUUUCCUCAUUCGCUCAAGCCGUCUGGCAUCUAAUACUGCUGCAAGGGGUACUCUAUGGGGUUGGGGGAGCCAUGUCAUACUGUCCUUGCAUUCUAUUUAUGGACGAGUGGUUUGUGAAAAAGAAAGGAUUGGCUUUUGGAAUCAUGUGGGCAGGCCUGGGCGGGUUACUGAUUCCAUUUCUUAUGGACUGGGGCCUGGAAAGACUCGGAUUCCGAAUCGUACUUCGGGUUUGGGUGGUGAUUUUGGGAUCAUUUCUGGGACCGCUAAUGUACUACCUGAAACCUCGUUUGCCAAUUUCAUCCCAUGAUACAUCUCGAAACAUCAGCUUCGAAUUCUUACGUCGCCGUGAGUUCUGGGUCUACCAAAUACCAAACAUUAUCGAAGGUCUAGGCUACUUCAUCCCGCCUCUUUACCUUCCCUCAUAUGCAAGCGCAAUCGGACUUCCACAGAUCGCAGGUCCACUGACAGUGUCGCUCUUCAAUGGAACGCUGGUUCUGGGGACCAUCGUCUUGGGGGCCCAAACGGACAGACUCCACGUUACAACUGUGAUCCUUAUCUCGGCCAUCGGCGCCGCAUGCUCCGUUUUCAUUCUCUGGGGCAUUUCGAUCUCAUUGCCCGCCCUCUGCGCCUUUAGCAUCGUCUAUGGGUUCUUCGCCGGUGCUUUCUCAACUAGCUGGUCCGCUAUCAUCCAGGAGAUUCGAGACAGACACCCUGAUGCAGAUGCAGGUAUGGUGUUUGCGUUGUUGGCGGCAGGGAGAGGAGUUGGUAAUUUAGCCAGUGGGCCGCAAACGGCUCUCAAACCUGUUGCCAUUGGUCCUCUUCCGAAAACGCUCGAAAUUGACGUCAAUCAACUCCCUGACCUCCCUGCGUACAAACCGUCGUUAGAAUUACGAUUCGAGCGCUCAAAACCCCUUCUAGAAGGUCUCUCGGAGCUUGAUACAUUCCAAAAACUCCUUACGCCUGCUAUAAUCGACAGAAUUAUCAAAUCAACGAAUAGCUAUGCCAAAAACGCUUGUGAACUAAAUCUUGAUAAAGACGAUCCUGAAUCCUUUUCUAGACCCUAG